ACAUAGAGGAACAGCGAGAACGGUUUCAUAUUCAAACUGACUUAAACAGAGCCGAAUCUGCUCCAUUACUCCUGAUUUUUACUCCCUAUCUGGAGUUAAGCUUGUUCUGUUGGAGUUCUUGUGCUCACCAGUGUGUUGGAGAGGUGAUUUUAGUGAAAGUAGGGCGAGUUGAAAAGUUCAGACCAGCACAGGAGUCUCGUUUCAUUCCUCAUUCCUCCAUUUUGAAGCGCCUCACCUCAGUGCGCAUCUGAGAACAUGACGGCCAUUAAUACUCCCAACAUCAACUUCAAAUGGGAUCCCAAGAGCCUGGAGAUCCGCACCCUGGCUGUGGAAAGACUGCUAGAGCCACUUGUUACCCAGGUCACCACCCUGGUUAACUCCAGUAACAAAGGUCCAUCCGGCAAGAAAAAGGGUCGCUCCAAAAAGGCUCACGUUCUGGCCUCCUCUGUCGAGAACGCCACUCAAAACUUCCUGGAGAAAGGAGAGAAGAUCGCCAAGGAGAGCCAGUUUCUCAAAGAGGAGCUCACUGCUGCCGUGGAGGAUGUCCGCAAACAAGGAGAGGCCAUGCGACAGGCCUCGGGCGAGUUCGCCGAAGACCCCUGUUCCUCAGUGAAGAGAGGGAACAUGGUGCGAUCAGCUCGGGCUCUUCUCUCAGCCGUCACACACCUGCUGGUGCUGGCCGACAUGUCCGACGUCUACCUGCUCCUGCUGCAGCUCAAACUGGUGGAAGAUAACCUGGUGAAGGUGCGUAACGCCGAGACUGAGCAGGAUCUGGGAAUCCAGUACAAAGCUCUGAAACCUGAGGUGGACAAACUCAAUAUGAUGGCAGCCAAGAGACAGCAGGAGCUGAAGGACGUGCACCAUAAGGAGCAGAUGGCGGCGGCUCGUGGCGUGCUGCAGAGAAACGUUCCGCUGCUUUACACGGCAUCCCGGGCCUGCCUGCAGCACCCGGACGUGGCCGCCUACAAGGCCAACCGCGAGCUCAUCUACAAGCAGCUGCAGCAGGCCGUCUCUGGAAUCUCCAACACUGCUCAGGGGAUCAGCAACGAGGAUCCCAGUCUGAGCCAGCACACCGGACCAGGAGAGCUCGCCGGGGCUCUCAACAACUUUGAUAAGCAGAUCAUUGUGGACCCUCUGAACUUCAGCGAGGAGCGCUUCCGCCCGUCUCUGGAGGAGCGCUUGGAGAGCAUCAUCAGCGGCGCCGCCCUCAUGGCCGAUUCGUCCUGCACCCGCGAUGACCGGCGUGAGCGCAUCGUGGCCGAGUGUAACUCCGUGCGCCAGGCUCUGCAGGACCUGCUGUCUGAAUACAUGGGCAACGCUGGCCGUAAGGAGAGGAGCGACGCUCUCAACACGGCUAUUGACCGGAUGACCAAGAAGACCCGUGACCUGCGUCGUCAGCUGAGGAAGGCCGUGAUGGACCAUGUUUCCGACUCGUUUCUGGAAACCAACGUUCCUCUGCUGGUUCUUAUCGAGGCCGCCAAAAACGGCAAUGAAAAGGAGGUCAAGGACUACGCCCAGGUCUUCCGCGAGCACGCCAACAAGCUGAUUGAGGUGGCCAACCUGGCGUGCUCCAUCUCCAACAACGAGGAGGGCGUGAAGCUGGUGCGCAUGGCCGCCAUGCAGCUGGAGAACCUGUGCCCUCAGGUGAUUAACGCAGCGCUGGCUCUGGCCGCCAAGCCCAACAGCAAGGUGGCUCAAGAUAACAUGGACCUGUUUAAAGAGCAGUGGGAGAAGCAGGUGCGCGUGCUGACCGAUGCCGUCGACGACAUUACUUCCAUCGAUGACUUCCUGUCUGUGUCUGAGAACCACAUCCUGGAGGACGUAAACAAGUGCGUGAUCGCCCUGCAGGAGAGGGACGUGGACGGGCUGGACCGCACCGCCGGCGCCAUCCGAGGACGAGCUGCCCGUGUCGUCCACGUCGUCACCUCCGAGAUGGAUAACUACGAGCCCGGAAUUUACACUGAGAAAGUUCUGGAGGCCACCAAACUCCUGACUAAUACAGUGAUGCCACGUUUCACCGAGCAGGUGGAGGCAGCUGUGGAGGCCCUGAGCGCCAACUCUCACCCGGUGGAUGAGAACGAGUUUAUCGAUGCUUCACGGCUGGUGUACGACGGCGUGAGGGACAUCAGGAAGGCCGUGCUCAUGAUCCGGACUCCAGAGGAGCUGGACGACUCCGACUUCGAGACCGAGGACUUCGAUUCCCGCAGCAGGACCAGUGCGCAGACCGAGGACGAUCAGCUUAUCGCCGGACAGAGCGCUCGGGCCAUCAUGGCUCAGCUGCCACAGGAGCAGAAGGCUAAGAUCGCCGAGCAGGUGGCCAGCUUCCAGGAGGAGAAGAGCAAACUGGACGCCGAGGUCUCCAAGUGGGACGACAGCGGCAACGACAUCAUCGUUCUGGCCAAGCAGAUGUGCAUGAUCAUGAUGGAGAUGACCGAUUUCACCAGGGGUAAAGGGCCGCUGAAGAACACAUCGGAUGUGAUCAGCGCCGCCAAGAAGAUCGCAGAGGCCGGAUCCAGAAUGGACAAGCUGGGACGUACCAUCGCCGAUCAGUGUCCUGAUUCAACAUGCAAACAAGAUCUGCUGGCCUACCUGCAGCGCAUCGCUCUCUACUGCCACCAGCUCAACAUCUGCAGCAAGGUCAAAGCCGAGGUGCAGAAUCUGGGAGGAGAGCUCGUCGUGUCCGGGCUGGACAGCGCCAUGUCUCUGAUCCAGGCGGCCAAGAACCUGAUGAACGCCGUGGUGUCCACGGUCAAGGCCUCCUACGUGGCCUCCACCAAGUACCAGAAGUCGCUGGGCAUGCAGAACCUCAACAUGCCCGCCAUCUCCUGGAAGAUGAAGGCUCCCGAGAAGAAGCCUCUGGUCAAGCGCGAGAAGCAGGACGACGGCCAGACCAACAAGGUCAAGAGAUCGUCCCAGAAGAAGCCCAUCAACCCGGUCCAGGCUCUGAGCGAGUUCAAAGCCAUGGACAGCAUUUAAACGGCUUUUUUUUUUUUUCACACACAGUCGCGAGUAACCCGCCAUCGUGUCUGUUCACGGUUUUCUUUUAUUUUUUGGUGUAGCAGAGCUGAUUUCAGGAGGCUAGAUGGGGAAGGACGUGAGACUGCACUGCUGCGGGUUGGUUAACCACUGCUGUAGACGACUCGACUGUCAGGUUUCACUUCCAGGCUGUAAUCAGCAGAGUGCCACUUUAUAUUGCAGUUUCUAUGCCGUGGUUCAUUUCCUCCUGCUUCUAUUUAUUCAUUCCUCAGUGCCCAGAUUCUCUUUUUUAAUGCCAGUCUUUCCUUCCGGGCAGCCAGAUUUUUUUUAAACCGUUCUGUACUUUUUCUUAUUCUUUCCGGGGACGUUUGUUUUAAUCGUUUUCACAAGCUUAGGGUUCCAGUUCUAGUCCUCCUUAAUUUUUGGGGGAUUUUUCUGACGUUCAGAUUAGAUUUAAAACCUAUGCAAACUCGUAAACGCCUUACUGCAAUAAUUCCAUUAAAUAAUAAUAUUCCACUUUUAAAGAUCA